AGAAUAUGAACUCUCUUGGUUCGUGAAAGCAGAAAAUCGUUAACUUCCUGUUGUAAAUUUUCUUUACGUUUUUAAAGAAUUGGAAAGUGUUUUCCGACUUAAGCCGCCAUGUCUUUGGCCGAUGAGCUGCUGGCUGAUCUCGAGGAAGGUGGGGAAGAUGUUGAGCAGGACGAGGACGAAGUUCAGGCUGAGAUUGCCGAUGUUGAAGAGGUUACCAUGGAGAUGGACAAACAGUAUUCAUCAGUCAGCUGUGUGGCCAAACUGAGAGAUAGCAAAGAGCUUGCUAAGAUCAUGGCCAGUGUGCGAAAAUAUUCAAAGCAAUCCAGGCGAGACAGUGUGUCGGGUCCUGUAGAGGCAGACCCCGAAUACAUGCUGAUUGUCGCGGCCAACAACAUGACUGUGGAGAUUGACAAUGAAAUCAAUGUAAUCCACAAGUUUGCUCGAGAUCUGUAUUCCAAACGGUUUCCAGAGUUAGAAUCUUUGGUACAGACGCCCAUGGAAUACAUAUACACAGUGAAGGAAUUGGGAAAUGACAUAUUUUCCAACUCUAAGAAUAAUUCUUUUCUUCAAGAGAUUCUUACUCCAGCCACCAUUAUGGUUGUUAGUGUCACAGCAUCUACGACUCAGGGGAACGUGUUGUCACCAGAGGAAUCCAGUGUUAUAAUGGAAGCAUGUGAAAUGGCGAUCGACAUCAACAAAUGUAAAGCCGAGAUCUUGAAAUAUGUCGAGUCUCGGAUGACCUUCAUUUCACCUAACCUGUCAAUCAUUGUGGGAGCUUCAGUUGCUGCCAAACUCAUGGGUAUUGCUGGAGGCCUAACAAACCUGUCAAAGAUGCCGGCCUGUAACAUUUUGGUUCUUGGUGCUCAGAAGAGAACACUCUCAGGCUUUUCGACGACGGCCAUUUUACCUCAUACAGGCUUUAUUUACUACAGUGCUAUUGUCCAGAAGGCACCUCCAGAUCUUCGGCGAAAGGCAGCCAGAUUGGUAGCGGCUAAGUGUACUCUAGCUGCGCGCGUAGACAGCUUCCAUGAAAGUCUUGAUGGCACCGUCGGUGACAAUCUGCGAGCGGAGAUUGAACUGAAAAUGGACAAAAUGAUUGAACCCCCACCAGUGAAGACCGUGAAACCACUCCCCGCCCCAAUAGAGACGUCUCGGAAGAAGAGAGGAGGGAGAAGAGCAAGAAAAGUUAAAGAGCGACUUGGUUUAUCUGAAUUGAGAAAACAAGCUAACAGAAUGAACUUUGCAGAGAUCGAGCAAGAUGCCUACCAGGAGGAUCUUGGCUUUUCUCUGGGUACCUUGGGAAAGUCUUCGUCAGGGAAGAUCCGUGGACCGGUGGUCGAUGCCAAGACAAAAGCCAGAAUAUCAAAGACGUUACAGCAAAAGCUGAGCAAGCAGUCGAACAGUGUGUGGGGCGGCAGUACAACUGUGAAAAAACAAGUGGCUGGAACAUCAUCUAGCAUAGCGUUCACUCCACUACAGGGUCUGGAAAUCGUCAAUCCUCAUGCAGCUGAAAAGAAAGUGCAAGAAGCAAAUCAGAAAUAUUUCUCGACUACCGCUGGUUUCAGAAAAGUAGAAAAGAAAUGAAGAACCUUAUUAUAUGUUUGAGUUUUUGUUUCAAGUCAGAUCAAGGAAUCUUUUUGGAGGUGUUAACUUUCACAUCGUAAGACUGCGAAUGGCUCAUUAUAUUAGAUCAGUUGUGGUUCAUUAGAUCUUUUUGGAGGUGUCAACUUUCACAUAGUGAAAAUGAGAAUGGCUCAUUAUAUUAGAUCAGUUAUGGUUCAUUAGAUCUUUUUGGAGGUGUCAACUUUCACAUAGUGAAACUGCGAAUGGCUCAUUAUAUUAGAUCAGUUAUGGUUCAUUAGAUCUUUUUGGAGGUGUCAACUUUCACAUAAUGAAACUGCGAAUGGCUCAUUAUAUUAGAUCAGUUAUGGUUCAUUAGAUCUUUUUGGAGGUGUCAACUUUCACAUAGUGAAACUGCGAAUGGCUCAUUAUAUUAGAUAGUUAUGGUUCAUUAGAUCUUUUUGGUGGUGUCAACUUUCACAUAGUGAAACUGCGAAUGGCUCAUUAUAUUAGAUCAGUUAUGGUUCAUUAGAUCUUUUUGGAGGUGUCAACUUUCACAUAGUGAAACUGCGAAUGGCUCAUUAUAUUAGAUCAGUUAUGGUUCAUUAGAUCUUUUUGGAGGUGUCAACUUUCACAUAGUGAAACUGCGAAUGGCUCAUUAUAUUAGAUAGUUAUGGUUCAUUAGAUCUUUUUGGAGGUGUUGCUCAGAAAAGCACCGGAAUCCAUUUUCAAAAGAGGCACCAAGAAGAAUUGUUAGAGUUUGUUUUGUUUAACGACUCCUCUAGAGCACAUUGAUUUAUUAAUCAUUGGCUAUUGGAUGUCAAACAUGGUCAUUUUUACACAGUCCUAGAGAGGAAACCUGCUACAAUUUUUCCAUU